AAAUAAAAAAGAUGGUAAAUAGGAGUAUGUGAUAUGUUGGUGGUGGUGGUAGCGAUGAGAGGAAGUGAGUGUGGAUAAAACACGACCCUCAUCAGCCAAUCACAAUUCAAAGAAAUCCAACCAAUACCACUCUUCCUCUCUCAUCCAAAUCAAAAUCAAAAUCAAAAUCAUAAUUAAACAAAUAAAACUGCCAAAACAGGCAUCCAUUCAACCCCGAGGCAUCAGCUCCCUCCUCAUUUCUGGCCACAUCGAUCAAAAACCCACCAAAUCACUCACAAAACCCUCGAUUUUCUUCUCCUUCAUUUUAGGGCUUCCGCUCAAUUCAUCACAACUUAAUUCAGGGUUUCAGAAAUCUUGGAAUUUUUCCUCGAAAAAUGGCUGUCUCGAGUGCAUUUGUGGGUGCGAAGCUCGAAGCUUUACUGGUCAGCAAUACGGCGUCGUCGUCGAUGUCCGCCUCCGCUGCUCACGUCGGCUUGCCGGCUUCGGCUCGAGCCAGGCGACCGGCGCUGAGCAGGAGGAAUUGGGGAGUGAUCAGGUGCGAGGCUGCGCCGGACGCUCUGGCUCAAGCCGAUGCGGCGGAACCGAUCAAUGCCGCUUCUUUCUCGGCUUCCGCUUCGAGCUUAUCGGCUCUCGAACAGCUCAAGACCUCCGCCGCUGACAGAUAUACAAAAGAAAGAAGCAGUAUUGUAGUGAUUGGUCUCAGUAUCCACACAGCACCUGUUGAAAUGCGUGAGAAGCUCGCUAUUCCUGAGGCGGAGUGGCCAAGAGCUAUUAGUGAACUGUGUGGUUUGAAUCAUAUUGAAGAAGCUGCUGUUCUGAGUACUUGUAACAGGAUGGAAAUCUACGUGGUAGCUCUUUCUCGCCACCGAGGGGUUAAAGAAGUCACUGAAUGGAUGUCCAAGACUAGUGGAAUUCCAGCUUCAGAGAUCUGUGAGCACCGUUUUCUACUUUAUGAUCAAGAUGCGACUCAACACAUAUUUGAAGUGUCAGCUGGACUUGACUCCUUGGUUUUGGGUGAAGGUCAAAUCCUGGCUCAAGUGAAGCAAGUAGUUAAAGUUGGGCAGGGAGUAGUGGGCUUUGGACGGAACAUAAGUGGUCUCUUCAAACACGCGAUCACUGUGGGGAAGAGGGUCAGAACUGAAACAAACAUUGCAGCUGGUGCAGUUUCAGUGAGUUCAGCUGCUGUAGAGUUGGCUUUGAUGAAACUCCCCGAAGCCUCACAUUCCACUGCUCGAAUGUUAAUUGUUGGAGCAGGAAAAAUGGGAAAAUUGGUGAUCAAACACUUGGUCGCCAAAGGUUGCACAAAGAUGGUGGUAGUGAAUCGAAGUGAAGACAGAGUUUCUGCCAUUCGUGAGGAGAUCAAGGAUGUUGAGAUAAUCUACAAACCCCUUACUGAAAUGCUAACUUGCACAGCAGAAGCAGAUGCAGUUUUUACAAGUACAGCGUCCGAGACUCCAUUGUUCCUGAAAGAGCACGUUGUAGACCUUCCACCCGUUGCUCCAAACGUGGGGGGCUUGAGGCUGUUUGUCGACAUCUCCGUUCCAAGAAAUGUCGGUGCUUGUGUUAAUGAUCUUGAGACUGCACGAGUGUACAAUGUGGAUGAUCUUAAGGAGGUUGUGGCUGCUAAUAAAGAAGACCGUCUACGUAAAGCGAUGGAAGCUCAGGAGAUCAUUGCAGAAGAGUCGAAGCAAUUUGAAGCCUGGCGCGAUUCACUGGAGACUGUUCCAACCAUCAAGAAACUGAGGGCAUAUGCUGAAAGGAUAAGAGGUGCAGAGCUGGAAAAAUGCUUGUCGAAGAUGGGAGACGAGAUUCCCAAGAAAUCGAGGAAGGCUGUCGACGACCUUAGCAGAGGCAUCGUCAACAAACUUCUACACGGCCCGAUGCAACACCUGAGGUGUGACGGGAGUGACAGCCGGACUUUGAGCGAGACGCUAGAGAACAUGCAUGCUCUUAACAGAAUGUUCAGCCUUGAGACUGAGAUUUCUGUGUUAGAACAGAAGAUUCGAGCUAAGGUGGAGCAAACACAGAAGUAAGAUCAUACCAAAUUCUCUUCUACGAUUCUUGUUGUUAGGCCUCCAUUGUGAAUAAGAGGAGAGCUUCUUGUAUUCUGAUUAAAUUUUUUUAAUAUGAAUAUAUUAAUGGGAAAAGAUUUCUUGAAAAUUAUUCCCUCGUUAAUGUCACCUUUGAUGUUUAGCAUAGUUUUCCUCUAAUCAGUGGUUCUGUUUGUCCAUGUAUCCCCUCUCUGUAAACUAUAUAAUUAAGUUGUAUGAGAAAAUAGAUUUUUGUCCCA